UACUUUCAUACAAUAUGAUACUUCCAUAAAAAAUAUGCAAAAAAUCUGUAUUUCAUCUUGUAUAUGUCAACAAGUAAAUCAAAUGUAGAGGGAAUGGCCUAUAGGUAUACUGUCUGUGGUAUUGUGUUUCUGUCAGUACUGUAUUAACUAGACUUUUUGUGAUUAUGAUAGAACUCUGAUUUUAUUCUGUGCUCCUCUAAUUAUGAGUCAUCUGUUUUUCCACAGUUAUAAGAAUUUCCCUUGUUUACGGUUGGAGUUGUUUGAUCGUCCGCAAGAGCUGAGGCCAGCGCUGAGUACAAGAACUGCAGGGGCAAGUGUGUCCAGUAGCCCUGCCCUGCUGGCCAAAAGAACCAAACAGGAAAUCAAAAUGGCCUACAAGUUGGCAAAGCGUUUCUAUUCCAAUCCACCCCAGUGGGCAAAGUGUCUGUUUAGUCACUGCUACAGUCUGUGGUUCAUCUGUCUUCCUGCCAGUAUGCGUAUAGCCCAUUCCAAACCCCGCGCUAUGCAGCAGGCCUUCAAUGUUCUGCUCAAGAUGAGGAGCUCUGAAGUGGAGGUGCUUGAUGAGGUGUGUUACCGUGUGGUGAUGCAGUUGUGUGGUCUGUGGGGGAUGCCCGUCAUGGCUGUGCGUGUCUUAAUGGAAAUGAAAAAGGCUGGAGUUGAACCCAAUGCUAUUACAUAUGGAUACUACAACAAGGCUGUCCUGGAAAGUCCUUGGCCAAGCCGUAACCGUAGUGGACUCUUCAUGUGGACCAAAAUGCGGAACCUGGUGCGAGGAGUGGUGCAGUUUAAACAAGCAUUGCGUGGGACAGCUCUUAGAGGUCCUUCUCUGAUAACCACAGAGCUUUCAGCAGGUACAGCAGCAGGUGCUGAUGGAGACAGACUGAGUCAUGGCAGUGUAGACAGCUCAAAUGAACCUAUUGUAGAGGAACACAUACUCUUCUCCCACAGCCUUAUAGCCGGUCAGUCUGAUCAGGGUUAUGGAUCUAAGGACGAGCUGCCCCAGGACCUUGCAGAUGGACCUGUAACCUCUGCUCCUCUGUCUACCAGCCACACCAGCAACAGCAAAGCAACCAGGACCCAAAAUGGGGAUGAUAUUGCUAGUUCUGUAGACAGUGUUGUAGCUGUGACGGAGCCCCCUAGCCCUGCUGAGAUGGCACCUUUUGUAGCCAGCAUUGUUAAACUGUCCACUGAGAUCCCUGUCCACUUUGACAGCUCUACAGGCAGGGAAGAAACUGGUGUUUGUACAGGUAAGCUCUUCAUGCCACGUAAAAAGAGUGAAGAUGUCACCCUGCCUGUGGAGGAUGAUUCUGCAAUCCCAGAUUUACAUGUCUCGCAGUCUGGACAGCAGCAGAGGGUAAAAGCCUUCAUGGAGCGCAGCUGCAGUUUCAGUGCAGAGACCAAAGCCGGCAUGCUACAAAAGAAGGGCAGUCUGGAGCUCAGCGCUGAUCACAUGGGCGCUGAUGCAAAGAUCCUCGCAGCCGUGUUCUCUGGCAGCCUGACCCCUCCUCCUUUUGCAACCAUCGCUCCCUUUAAAGAGUUUAAGAUGGAGGCUACACUGAGCCCUGCCCUCCAGGAAGAGGAACAUGAAGAUAAGCUGAAGAAGGAGCACAAAGCAUUCAGUUCUGCAGAAGAGAAAGUGGAGAAAAGUAGAGAGCAGCAAGAUUCCGUAGAUGCAGCAACAUCCCAGGGGAGUGAAGGAGUUGGGCGGACCAUAAGCACUGGUUCCUCCUCUUCUAAAGCUGUGGAGAGGGAAGAUGUAAAGGUGGGGGCAGAUCCUCUCUCACUCCUUGCCUCCGAAUCUGAGGAUGCAACCUCCAUUCAGAGCCAGGAGUCCACACGGCCCUUUCCACCUGUGGUGUCAAGGAAUCUUGCAGAUGAGAUUGAGAUGUACAUGAGUGGUAGACCCCUAAGUGGUAGCUCUCCCAGCAUGGAGUUGCAACAGGGAUUAAACCAUGAAUCAAUUAACUGUCCAGACUCUCCUGCAGUUAUGCAGUCUUUGGAAAGAAGAUCGAGCCUUCCGAUUGGCCCAGUCAAAGUGGCUAGUUCAACGGAAACAGCGAAACGUAGCCCUGCCGUCACACGCUCUAAGACAUUUGCAUUCAAAUCCCCUAAGACCCCAGGCUCUGCAGGUCAAAGGUCAUCAUCACUGACUGCGCUUGUAAAGUCAUCACAGAGCAGCUCACUGGGAUCCGUUAUCAACUCCAUAUCAGGCAUCAAGAUGGACUCUCUCCUGUUGGGGCCAAAAGUAGAUAUGCUUAAGUCAGGUAUGAAGCAGGCAGCCAAUGUGGCCAGUAAGAUGUGGGAUGCAGUGGCCUCAGCUUACUCCUACUCAGAUGAUGAGGAGGAUACCUCACAGCCCCGAGACAGUUUCCCAGCAAGGCUAGAAGAGCAGUUGAUAUCUGCAGAGGGAGCAGCAGAGAACACUUUACCCAGAGGCCUGAUGCCCAGCCUGGCCUCAAAUGGGCUCACGCACAGCAAUACCAGCCUGGGUGGCAGCAGUGAUAGCAGCGAUACCGGCCGCGCACAGCUGUCGACACCUUUGACUCCAGGUCGCUCAGUGAGAGGUGCAGACUCAGAGAGGUCUGAAAAUAGUUCCUCUCAUCAUGCCAGCACCUCCAGCAUUUACCAGAAUUGUGCUUUAGAGGUUCUAAUGUCCAGCUGCUCUCAGUGUCGGUCUUGUGAGGCUCUGGUGUAUGAUGAGGAGAUUAUGGCGGGCUGGACAGCUGACGACUCCAAUCUCAACUGCACCUGUCCUUUUUGUCAAAUCUCAUUUCUCCCUCUGCUCCAUGUUGAGUUCCAUGACUUGCGCGCUACAUCAGGCUUCUACUUGACAAGCACAUCAGGAGACAGUAUCCAUAGCUCCAGCACACAACCGGCCACCUCUGGCUCCUCAGAAGUGAAAGCGGGCUGUUCUAGUGAGCCUCCAGAACUCAUGAGCUUUCCAGAAUCUCCGGAGGACAGCAAGGGUCCUGUUGAAAUGCCUGUUGCUCAAAGUGGAACCCCAAAGAUCCUUGUACCAGAGCCAGUACAUUCAGACCCCCUGGGUCUCAUGGAGAGACAAGCUGAGAAACGCAACACUUUAACCCGGAGCAACAGUGUGGGAGGCCCAAUGCAGAGUCUGGACUUGAUCCAAAGACCCAAUCAUGGCAUAUCCACCACAAGCCUGCCCAACAGCCUACAAGAGGUGGCGGACACUUUGGGUCAAAAGUGGCCCAACCCAAAACCAGUUUCUGUGCCGUAUCUCAGUCCACUGGUCCUGCGCAAAGAGUUGGAGUCGCUGUUAGAGAAUGAGGGGGAUCAGGUAAUCUAUACCCAUAAGUUCCUCAGUCAGCACCCCAUUAUCUUCUGGAACCUGGUGUGGUAUUUCCGCCGUUUAGAUCUGCCCAGCAUUCUACCUGGACUCAUCCUUACCUCUGAACACUGCAACAAUGGAGUACAGCUGCCACAGACAUCUCUGUCUCAGGACAGUAAGCAGGUGUUUGUGCAGUUGCUGUGGGACAAUGUCAACUUACAUCAGGAGCCCACCGAGCCCCUCUAUCAGCUCUGGAGGACCUUCUUGCAAAGGAAGGGAACUCUAGCCCCCACUGACCACCAGGAGACUCGAACUCUACUGAACAGCAUUGUACGCAGCAUUCAGACGAACGAUGUUUACGGCCCCAUCAACAUGCUUCUUAGGGAGAUCAAGAAACACCCGGAAGUUAAACGCCAGAGGAGUAUCUAUAGGGAAAUUUUGUUUCUGUCACUUGUUGCUUUAGGAAGGGAGAACAUUGAUAUAGAAGCAUUUAAUCGUGAAUACCGUCUUGCAUACAAUGAGCUCAGCGCAGAACAACUUAAAGUCCUAUCCCCCAUUGACAGACCACCUAGCAACAGUGUACAGUGGUGCCUCAAGUGCUUUGGAGCCCCGUUCGUCUGAUCUGCUCCUCCGACCCACAGUAACUGUAAAAACCCUGUAAAAGUCAGGGACAGGAUUGUACAGUAAUAUCUUUAAUUUGCACCAUCACCUGAAAUGGUACUUUUUUUAUCAUCUACCAGAAUAAAAAAAAAUUGGCGUCUUUGCUCUGAAAUUCCUGAGAGUGUCAUGGCACCAGCCGUACAGCGGGUAAACACUGCAUUUUACUGUCAGUCUUCAGAUGUUGAACACUGUCACUUGUGUGUGAGCCCUUUUCAAACUACAGUGGAAGUAAAUGAAAGACCUGAGUGAAAAUGAAAAAUCUCACUGUAAGAUGUCUCUCUACACCGCCUUUCACUCUAGCUUCUCUCUUCAGCCGACCUGUGGAAGGAGUCUGUGGAUAUGAAGAGAGCAUUCUGAAGAGAGGUGUCAGUGACAAUGAUCUUAUUUGAUGUGCACUUUCAGAAAUGGUUGCUUUAUCAUUCUCUAUUGUUGCCAUGUGUUUUUAUAUCUAUAUAUAUUUUUCUAUAUUGGGAUAUUUGAACUGUUGCCUUUCUCUAAGUGAGGGAUCUUUGACUAGAUUUCUGUGGAGUCUUAAACAUGUAGCCCUUCGACAUUAAUGUGGGCUUUCAGUUUCAAGGAGAGAGGUUUGUGUGUGUGUGUGUGUGUGUGUGUGUGUGUGUGUGUGUGUGUGUGUGUGUGUGUGUGUGUGUGUGUGUGUGUGUGAGUGUGAGUGUGUAUGUGCGUGUACAUUAGAUAGACCACACCUUAAAGUGAUAUAAUGUGAGAGAGGACAAUCAGUGAACAAUGAAUUCCAGAACAUUCCAGGAAGUGUCUUAAACAGAGGCUAGUAUCAAUAUGAUGGUAUAGUGAAAAACUGUUGAUUUGUUUUAAAAAAAAUACAUACCUUAGACCUAAAUGUAGGAUAAUGUAUUGUGGAAAAUAACGUAAAAUACAUCCAGAAUGGAGGAGAUGAUUUAUGAAGUAACUCUUUUUAUUAAUGCAUUCACGCACAUAUACACACAGAGGGUUUUUUUCAUAUAUAUAUAUAUAUAUAUAUAUAUAUAUAUAUAUAUAUAUAUAUAUAUAUAUAUAUAUAUAUAAAUACACAUGCUUUGAUUAAAAGACAUAAAAGAAUUUCAUCAUCUGUAUUAAGAAAUGACUCUUUAACACAGAAAAAUGUCCAUAGAACCUCAAACAAGAAUAUAUCUCAAAAUAUUUUUUAAACUUUCUUUUUAAUCUGCUAGAUGACUUUAGUUAUGGCAAUUUAGUGUCCAUUCAUUUUAUUGAAAUCUUUUUUUUUCUGGUCCCAUUGUACAAGUGAAUCCAAAGGAUGUAAAAAUCUUCAAGUCACUGCCAUUAGCGAAUGAAUCAGUGAGAUCGAAAUAGUUCUUGUGCCUUGUUAUCAAGUCAAGGUAGGACUUGUGGAUUUGUAAAAAAAUUAAGAUUAAUUUACUACUAAUAAAUUAACAUGAGCAAUUGGUCUGCCUUUAUCAUUUUAAUUUAUAUCCUUACUCUUUUCUUUCAGUGAAUAUACUGUAUGUAUUUUUUGAUAGUCAGUGUAAAUGAAACAUUGUCCCUUAUUUGUGGAACAAGCCAGGUGCAAACUAAGUAUGUUAAAUUAUUAUUGUCUUAUCAUGAUCAAGUAAUGUUAUUGUAUGUGACGCAUAACAGGACACUUUUUGGCUUCAUCACUGUUUACAAAUUACAAAAUCCAUAGAACAACAGAGCAUACAAAUCAAUAAUAAUAACCCAUAAUAUACUAUAUAUAUAUAUAUAUAUAUAUAUAUAUAAUAAUUUUUUUUUGUGAGAAGAGAAAGUUUGGCGUAUCAUCAUUAUUAGUCUUGUAUGCUUGCAUCGCAUGGCCACAUAAAUUAGGAAAAACUCUGAUGCACCGAACUGUUGAGAAUUAUAAUCACCUGUAACUGUAUCAUAUAAUUUAAUCUGUUCUGCUCAUGUCUCACCCAUAAACAGCAGUCCCAUUCUUCUGCAUUAAGUCUUGUUAUGUACAGACUAACACAUGGGCUGCAUCCGAAAACUGAAAAAUGCCUCUACAGGCAGGAUAACAAGGUAGGAAGGUAACAAGGCACAUCUGAAUCCAAUGAUCAUGCCACAUCCUGUCUCCUGAGAUUCCUUCAUCUGAUCGAUUUUUGAAGGCAGCAUAGAUGUAUCCUUCGCUGCCUUUGAUAUUCCACAAUCCUGCGUGUUCUAUGUUGAGCUAAAAAAUAAAGAUGGUGUCUGAAA